CAACGCUGGGGCCCAACGACCAAUAUAUGAAUUGACUAAACAAUUUAUAUAAAAUUUGCCAAACGCUAAUUGUGAAUGGUUGCGAACAGUGGAGGAAAUCGAAAUGAGGCUGUUCAUGAAAAAGUGUUUGAGAAAAAAGCCCCAGGAGUUGAAACCUGGUGCGAUUUUAGAUGCUGUUAUUUCACAGUCAUCGGCAACAGCUAGCAAAUGUUUGCUCUACAAGUUGGCGGACUACAAACGGGGAGGCGACCUCAUUGAUGCCAUCAACACCGGUGGCCUGGUGGCUGUGGAGCAACUGAUUCGCGAACAAUUCGGCAUAUUUAUGUACAACGAUGGCAAGGGUCAGGUAAUUAAUCGUGCCGAAUUCUUGCGUUGGAAAUAUCGUGACCACACCGAAGUGACCAUACCCAUAGAAGCCUCUUUAUCCAUACACGAUCCAUUGGGUAAAUGGAAGGAUCACAGUGCCUGUUGGCAGAUGCAGUAUCGUGGCGCCUUGGGAGAGAGUCUGCUGCAUGUCUUGAUUAUUUGCGAUUCCAAAAUGCAUACCAAAUUGGCGCGUAUCUUGUUGAGGGUGUUUCCUCGCCUGGCAUUGGAUGUCAUCGAGGGCGAGGAGUAUUUGGGUGCAAGUGCAUUGCAUUUGGCCAUAGCUUAUAGCAAUAAUGAGUUGGUUGCCGAUUUAAUUGAGGCAGGAGCUGACAUCAAUCAGAGAGCUAUUGGAAGUUUCUUUUUGCCCAAGGAUCAACAGAGAGCCAAUCCGGCAAAGAGUACAGAUUACGAGGGUUUGGCUUAUAUGGGAGAAUAUCCAUUGUCAUGGGCUGCCUGCUGCGCCAAUGAAAGUGUCUAUAAUCUGUUGAUUGAUCAUGAUGCCGAUCCCGAUGCCCAGGAUAGUUUUGGAAACAUGAUCCUGCACAUGGUGGUGGUGUGUGAUAAGUUGGACAUGUUUGGAUAUGCUCUACGCCACCCCAAGACUCCGGCCAAAAAUGGAAUUGUUAAUCAUUCUGGUCUGACACCUCUAACAUUGGCUUGCAAAUUGGGUCGAGCUGAGGUGUUCAGGGAAAUGUUGGAACUAUCGGCCAGAGAAUUUUGGCGUUAUAGUAACAUUACCUGUUCGGGUUAUCCUUUGAAUGCUUUGGACACGCUGCUACCAGAUGGGAGGACCAAUUGGAAUUCGGCCUUGUUUAUUAUUUUGAACGGUACCAAGGAGGAACAUUUGGAUAUGUUAGAUGGUGGGAUUAUACAGCGUCUCCUGGAGGAGAAAUGGAAGACCUUUGCCCAGAAUCAAUUUCUAAAGCGUUUGCUGAUUUUGGUGGUGCAUUUGUUAUGCCUCUCAACGUCGGUGUAUCUGAGGCCAGCCCAUGAUGGCGAUGAUGACGAAGAAGAUGAAACGGCUCAGGCUAAUGCAGGACUACAGACCAAUGAUCCAGAAAACGAAGAAUAUGAUAUUCAAACAAUAGUUAGAUAUUGUGCUGAGCUGUGUACCAUUGCGGGGGUCCUUAGUUUCCUGAUUUUCCAACAAGGCGAUGAAAUAAAGAAUCAGGGAUUGUCAGCCUUCCUCAAACAAUUGUCCCAUGCUCCAGCUAAGGUAAUAUUCUUGGUCUCGAAUCUGAUGAUUUUGGCCUGCAUACCCUUUCGCCUAAUGGGUGACACGGACACAGAAGAGGCCAUACUUAUAUUUGCUGUGCCGGGAAGUUGGUUCUUGCUCAUGUUCUUUGCGGGUGCAAUUCGUUUGACCGGUCCCUUUGUAACCAUGAUCUACUCCAUGAUAACAGGUGACAUGUUUACGUUUGGCAUUAUUUACUCCAUUGUUCUGUGUGGCUUUUCCCAGGCGUUUUAUUUCCUUUACAAAGGACAUCCCCAAUUGCAGUCGACUAUGUUUGAUACCUUUCCCAGCACCUGGAUGGCCCUGUUUCAAACCACUUUGGGAGAUUACAAUUAUCCCGAUCUGAAUCAAACAACCUACCCGAACUUGUCGAAAACCGUUUUCGUUAUUUUCAUGAUUUUCGUUCCCAUUCUGUUGCUGAACAUGUUGAUCGCCAUGAUGGGCAACACCUACGCCCAUGUCAUUGAACAAUCCGAAAAGGAAUGGAUGAAACAGUGGGCCAAGAUUGUGGUCACACUGGAAAGGGCAGUUCCCCAAGCGGAUGCAAAAAAUUAUCUGGAAGCCUAUUCCAUACCCUUGGGUCCUUCGGAUGAUUCCGGAUUUGAGGUUAGGGGAGUAAUGGUCAUUAAGAGCAAAAGUAAGACAAGAGCCAAACAACGCAAGGGAGCAGUAUCGAAUUGGAAGAGAGUGGGCCGUGUAACGCUCAAUGCCUUGAAAAAACGUGGAAUGACGGGUGAGGAGAUGCGUCGUCUUAUGUGGGGCCGAGCAUCCAUAUCGAGUCCCAUUAAAGUGGCCAAGAAGAAACUGAAGGAUCCCUACAAUCUAAAUCAAGAGCCUGGGGGUCAAUCAAAUUUGACCAGUGCCAUGGACAUGCUUAAUUUUGCCAAUGACCCAGCCUCCAGCUCGGGAUUGGCUUUUAGAACUUCUGGUACUCAGGACCCCAAGGAGAAGAAGGAUGUGCCACACAUUCCCGCACCAGAUCCCCUGCGUGAUUUGGUUCUGUUAGCCGAAGAGAAGCCGGAAGUACACGAUCCACAAUUCUAUUCAGCAUUGAUUCAGUUGGCCAACAAGGCCUAUGAUUUGGUGAAGAAAACCCUGGAAAGCCAACAUCAGCCACAAGUUGAGGAGCCGAUACCACUCACAGAGGCCACCAGUUUGAAGGACGUCACACUGACAAAACAACCCGAUCCCGUUGCUGCUGAUGCUGGACUCCUUGGCGACAUGGCCAUGGGUGCCAAUCUUACCAAUCUCUUUCAAGACCCCAAAGAUAUUGUGGACCCAAAGAAACUCGAACAAUUUCUGAAAAUGGUAGCUGAUGUUGAGACCGAGGAAAGUGAUGGAGGUGGUCCAAUUUUGGGAAAACUUUCAUUGGCCCGCAGGACACGCAAUGCCCUAUUUAAGGUACCCAUACCCAAGAGUACUCUUGGCGACAGUUCGGAUAAGUUAAUUAAUUCGGUGUGGGACAAGGUGCCAGCCGACAAUGAUGAGGACAGUAUUCCGGCCUUUGAUUUCCAAGAAGCUCUGGCUGAACAUGUCCUGACAGUGGAACAAGAGGCCGAUGUGGAGACCGAAGAUGCAAACGAUGAUUCGGGUGAGACCAUGGACGAUAUACCCACAGCGGAGGAAGUACACGCUACCAUGAAGCAAUUUCAUUUGCGUAAGCGUCAAUAUCAGCAGGACGAUGCAGCACGUCGUGCUAAGACGGCUCGAAUAAGGCGCAAGAAUAAAGUUGCUCCAGAUUAUGCUGGGAGUGAAGAGCAAUAUGGACGUGGCCGUUCGGCACCCAUGAAAAAGAAACAUGAUGAGGAUGAAAUGUCACCUCCUGAUCCCUUGGAACCAUGGAGUACUCGGGAAUUGCAAAAUAUUAAUAAAAUCCUGGCAAAAAAGUAAACCAUUGCAAGAUUCUCUUAGAAUAAAUGCUUAAAUUAGAUUAAAACAACAACAACAACAAAGUAGC